CAUCAAGCAUAACAAACAAUUACUUUUAAGAAAACUUCAUUUUAAGUUUUUAAAGGAUUUAAAUUAAGUUUUUGCAGCCUCAACAUGUUUGUGUAUCUAAGCAAGAAGAUCGCCAUUCCAAAUAACACAAAGAUCAAUUGUAUAUCGUGGGAAAAGAGUAAUGGCUUCAUAGCAAUUGGAGGAGACGAUGGAAUGUUGAAAGUUUUAAAACUUGAACAAGCCACAACGACUACAGCAGCACCACAAAAAGGCUUAGCAGCUCCAAGCAACUUAUCAAUGAAUCAAACCCUUGAAGGUCAUAAAGGAAAUGUGGUGGUCGUGGUUUGGAAUGAACAGCAACAAAAAUUGACGUCAUCUGAUGAUAAUGGAGUCAUCAUAGUUUGGACAAUGUAUAAAGGAAAUUUCUUUGAAGAGAUGACUAAUGACCGUAAGAAAUCCACAGUUAAAGGGAUGUCUUGGACAAGUGAUGGUCAGAAGAUUUGUAUUGUUUAUGAGGAUGGUGCUGUAAUUGUGGGUUCAGUUGAUGGAAACAGGAUUUGGGGAAAGGAACUGAAGAAUACAUCACUUACUGCAAUUCAAUGGAGCCCUGACAAUCGAUUGCUCCUUUUUGCUAUCAAAAAUGGGGAAGUUCAUCUAUUCGAUAAUCAAGGAAUUUUCAUCUCAAAAAUCAACAUCCAGUGCGUUCAAUUGACUUCAAUGAGAUCAAUAAGUGUUGUUGGAUUAAAUUGGUACAGUGGAUUUACUCAAGGUAAUCGACCAGUAUUGGCUGUAUGUUAUGAAAAUGGAAAGGUUCAAUUGAUGAAAAAUGAAAAUGAUGACUUUCCAAUUAUGAUUGAUGCUAAUUUGCAAAUUACAUGCAGUCAAUGGAAUGAAAAUGGAACAAUAUUGGCAGUUUGUGGAAUGAAGAAUGCAAUAAAUGAGAAAGAAAUAAAUCAAGUAAUGUUCUUCUCAGCAUUUGGACAGCAUUUAAGGACAUUAAAAAUUCCUGGUCGUGAAAUCACAGCAUUAAGUUGGGAAGGGAAAUCAAAUUGUAGAAUAUCUUUGGCAGUUGACAGUUUCAUUUAUUUUGCAAACAUCCGACUUGAUUAUGUUUGGUGCUACUUUAGUAACACAGUUGCUUACUUAGAAGUCUCAAGCCAGAAUCAACAAUCGCUUGAUUUUAAUCAAUCUUCAUUAAUAUUUUGGGAUAUUAAAAAUAAUCAGACAUUCUCAAAAAUCGUAGACUUUGUCAUUUCAAUGUGUGCUUAUGGUGAGCACUGUGUAAUUGCUUCUGAGACUCACAAAAUCAUCUCAAAAGAUGCAAACCUGAUUGUUGAAAAUAACUUUAAGGAACAAACCUAUAUGCUGAAUAUUUGUAAUAGUUUAGGGACGACAGUUGAUUCUAAAUACGUUGAUAUUAAGCCACUCUUUAUUACAAUGAAUAAUACUCAUGUAAUCCUUGCAAAUCAAUCACAGUUCCUUUUAUGGCAGUACCAUACACCUAAAUCAACAAUGCAUGGCAUGAAGCAAAAGAAGGAUAAACGUUAUCAUAUUGAUGAUCAGCCAUCAGGUGUUAAUGAAGUUUUAAGUGAUCUCGAUCGUAUAUCCUACGAAAUGCCUAAAACAAUUCCUAAUACAACGAAAGAUCCAAUAUGCUGCAUAACAGCAAGUGACAAGAUUUUGUUGGUUGCCAGAGAGUCGGGCACUAUCCAAGAAUAUGUUUUACCAAAUGUAGCCAUUUGUAACCGUCACAACUUCCCGACCAGAAUCUCAAAAAUGUCAAUCAAUUGCAAUUCAACACGUGCUGCAAUUGUCGAUGCUACAGGCCUAAUGACAACAAUUGAUCUUAAUGACUUUAAUGAGAGACAAAAUGAAGCAACACGUGUUGGAAAAAUAGAAAGGAAGGAUGUUUGGUCAAUUUGUUGGGCUAAAGAUAAUCCACAGUUACUUUCUGUAAUGGAAAAGACAAGGAUGUACAUCUUUCGAAAUCAGGAUCCUGAGGAACCAAUAUCAUCAUGUGGAUACAUUUGUAAUUUUGAAGAUCUUGAAAUAACUGCUGUCUUAUUGGACGAGAUUUUAAAUGGAUCAGCUCCACCUUCUUCAACUGAUCAAUUGGUAUUGAAUUUAAGAGUAAAGUCACUGAGAGAUACAGAAGAACUUUUACAGCAUGUAGGCUUAACAGAAGCAAAGCAAUUUAUUGAAGAUAACUCUCAUCCACGUUUAUGGAGGCUCCUUGGUGAGAGUUCCUUAAGAAAACUUGAUCUCGAUACAGCUGAAAAUGCUUUUGUAAGAUGCACAAAUUAUCAAGGCAUUAAAUUUAUCAAAAAAUUGAGGACAGUCCAAAGUGAACAGAUACAAAAGGCUGAAAUUGCUGCAUUCUUUGGUGAUUUCGAUGAGGCUGAAAAGCUUUACAUUGAUGCUGAUCGACGAGAUUUAGCAAUUAGUUUACGUACAACUUUAUGCGACUGGUUUAGGGUCAUUCAACUGUACAGGAUGGCAAGUGGAAUAUCUGAUCAGCAAAUGGAAAAUGCUUAUAAGGAAAUUGGAAAUCAUUUUGCAAAUAUGAAGGUUUGGGAAAGUGCUAGAGAGUAUUAUGAGAAGGCACACUACAUUGAAGGAUUAAUGGAUGCAUUUUAUCAUUUGGAAAAAUAUGACGAACUUGAGAAUUUAAUCGCCAAGUUGCCUGAAAAAAGUCCAUUGUUAGGAAAAUUGGGUCAAAUGUUGGCUACUGUAGGGCUGACUGAAAAGUCUGUUGAAGCUUACAAAAAAUCUGGUGAUAUAAAAUCUGCAAUAUCAACAUGCGUAGGAUUGAGACAAUGGGGAUUAGCGCUUGAACUAGCUCAAAAAUAUAAAAUGCCGUCCGUAAAUGCAUUGUUAAAUAAACAUGCUGCUCAUUUGUUAGAAGAAGGCAAAUUGCCAGAAGCAGUUGAACUGCAAAAGAAGGCUGGAAGGUUCUUAGAUGCAAGCAGACUUCUGGUAAAAUUAGCAGAGAGAGAAAUUGAAAAGAAAUCAAGUUUCUUAAGAAUUAAACAGCUCUUCAUACUUGCUGGACUAUUGGUUGAAGAACAUCUUCAGACACAAGCAAAUAUUACAGGAAGUAAUAGAGCAACAAUUACGUCUCAAAUGAUACCAGAAGAUUCUGUUUUUAUUGAAGAAGUUUGGCACUAUGGAGAAGCAUAUCAUUACAUGCUAUUAGCACAAAGACAAUUAAGAGCUGGAGUUUUUCAUUCAGCAGUUCUUUCAGCACUCCGUUUGCGUGACUAUGAAGACGUUCUGAAUGUUGAGAAAAUAUAUUCAUUAAUUGCAUUAGCAAGUUGUGCUGAUCGUUCAUUUGGUACUUGUUCAAAAGCAUUUAUUAAACUUGAAGGAUUAGAAACACUUACUGAGCAUAAAAGACAAGAGUAUGAGGAACUGGCAGUAAAUAUUUUAUCACGAUAUGAUCCGAGAGAUACGAAACUGGACCAGACUCCAUGCUUUGCAUGCGAAACGUUAGUGAUUGAUUGGCAAACAUCAUGUCCAAAUUGUGGAUCUCAUUUUCCAGCAUGCAUCGCAUCUGGACAAUCGAUAAUGAAUCCACAGGUAGCAUGGCAAUGUGGAAGUUGUAUGCAUCUUGCAAAGCGUAUUGAAAUUGCAUCGAGAAAAUCAUGUCCAUUAUGCCACAGUCUUGUGACUCUUCAACGUACUGAAAUUUAAUGGAAUUAGAAGUUAAGAAUUGAAAAUACACAUUCCGUCCGUUUUGUGGAAAAAUUUAUUUAUUUACUUUAUUUUAUAUUGAUGCACGUAUGUCACUGUUGUAUAGUAAUAAAUGUUUAAUGCAAUAAAUUGAAUUACAACUAAAUUUAAUGUUUAUUCAAAAACGGAAUUUCUUUUUCAAUAAUUCACAAUCGGAUGUUAGCACACGCGUUUAGUAAUUUCUCUUGGCUGCACUUGUAGUUAUGUUAAUCGGUCCUUGGUUCUUAUUUUCAGCCUGUUGUUGUGAGAUAUUCUUGAUAUUUGUUUGGACUAAUGUUAAGUUAUCCUUCCAUGUGAUGAGUAAAUCAUUCAAUUGUUGCCAUUGAGCUCUUCCGAAUGUUCGAUGCAUUGUGCUUGAGAUAUGAACUUUGCGUUCUUUUUGAUCGAUUCUGGCACGAACUAAUUUUGUCUUCAAGACUUCAAUAAUGAAAGAUUCUACCUCAUUUUCGUCAAUUUGUAAUUCAUCUUUUAAUUGUGAGUAUGUCAUUUCUGGAUUGCUUUCGGCCAAUUGCAUGAAUGAUAAGAGACGCAUCUUUUUCAUAUUUUGUUCGUGAUUUAAUCCUUGAGAGGUGACAAAUUCUUUAUGAUUUUUAUAGAAUUGCAUGUAGCUUUGAAGUUUUUCAGAGACGAAAAUUGAUAACAGGUCAUGGAUGAGUUCGCCUUCAAGGAAUCGCACAGGUUUCAAUGACAACAAAGGAUCCAGUAAAAAGGUAUUUGGAUCAGCCAAAGCAGUAACAAUACAUUUCAUAGCAUCAUCGCGAGCAUGCGAUGCAUUAUCAUCUGUAUAAGUUCCAAGUAAUUCAAUCAUGACUUUUGAUGCGAUUUCACAUUGAGUAUCCUUAAGGACAUCAUGUAAUAAUCUAUACAAUUUUUGCAUUUGCUCUUUUGAUGGUGGACAUUGUGCGAAUUGGCUCUUAAUUUCUUCUAAUCCAGUAAAAACUUCUUUAACUGAAUCACAUUGCUUGGCAACUUGAACUAGAUGAUAAUACACAUGAUAUCUCAAUGGAGAUGACUGUUCAAGAUUGUUAAAUAAGCGCCAUAAUGAUUGAAGACAUACUUUUGACAAUUCUAUUGUUGGUGCCUUGGUUAACUUUUCACAAAAUGCAAGAAUCAAAUUUUCACCUCUUUCCAAUGAAAUUGAUACCAUUAUUGACACAAUGCUGUUUAAUAUAGCAUCAAUUUCCUCCUCGUUUCCAUCUUUUUUUAAGCAGAUAUCGCAAACACCGCAAAUUUUAUGAAGAUCAUCCUCAAUUCCUUUUGGUGACUUUUCUUCUGAUAUUUCAGCACCUAGUCCCUUCAAAUAUUUCCUAAUCUCUUGGGCUUGAUCUUCCAAAGUUAAAUCGAUGAAAAUGGCUGGUCCUUGCAUUGUUCUUACACCUUUUUUUAAUUAUUUUAACUAGAGAAAACUUUUGACACGUUGUGUAGAUUUUUUUUCCCU